AUGUGGAAGGAAUCAACUAUAAAACUGCGAAAGCCUUUUAAACACUGUUUGAAAAUAAAUUAUUGCCCAAUUAACAAAACGAACUUUUUAUUUAAAGGAGAAUCGGUUGGUGAUGUUUCUGUUUCUGUGACCGGCAGUGUCGUUACGUAUGCGGAUUCUGAUGCCACCUUUGAUGUUGAUUCAGCUACUGGAGCUGUGACAACGGCUUCCGGUGUUACUCUCGACAAGGCCACAAAAGCCGAACAUACGGUCACCAUUACAGGCACGGUCACUGGUGGUGAAAGCAACGACCUUACACUAACGGUGAAAGUCGGGGACUGCAGCGGGAAGGAAAAAAUGACUGCCGCUCUCGGAAGCGUUCUGUUGUCUAUGCUUGCGUAUACCCUUCUUUCCCUGUAAAAGACUUUGAUAAUUUAAGUUAGUGUGCCCUUAUCGAUUCUCGCAUUGUUUAUGUAUAUGUAUCAUGGAUUUUACCCAAAGUGCCCAAGACUUUGUAUACCAAAAGUGACACAUAUUUUCGUCGCUUAAUAUUUUAGGUGCCAUCUUGUGGAUGACUUCUAAUAACAAAGGCUUUUAAUUAUAAAUAAUUAGUUUUGAGUAAAACAACAAACAAAGAUUUGAAACACAUCGAACGAGGGAUUCAUUCACAUAGUUGAUGUUGGCCACGAUUGUUUUAAACUGCGUCUCAAUUGAUCUUUAUCAUUUACAAGUGUGAACAAAUACCUUACAUCAAUUAAACACAAUUGUAAUUAUAAGUAUAUUUUCGAAAGUGUUACGAACGUUUUAAAGAAACAUAGUACAAUGGGAUUGGGAGUCGAAGGGUGACCGUUGUGUUAAUGCACAGGUUUAUUUUAUUUCUCUAUAACCAGUGUACGGACUACUUUGAUUGUGAACGUUUUGGUGAAAAGCAAAAUACUAAAUAGAGUAUUAGCUAUUUCGAUAAUCAAAUGUGUUAUACAAUACAAAUGACAAU